AUGAAGUUAAUAAUAUUAUUAUUUUUAAUUGUUUUAAAGUCCUUGAGCUCUGAAGCAAGUGUCAUCAAAAUAGAAAACGGAAAAAUUGUAGGCAUGGAGUACGAAAAGUACUUUGCAUACAGAGGAAUCAAAUAUGCAACAGCUGAGAGAUUCUCGUUAUCAAAACCGUUUGAAGAAAAGUGGAACAACAUCAAACAGCUUAUAGAUUAUAGUGAAUCAUGUGCACAGUAUGAUCAUUUAAACUAUGAAUUUAUUGGGGCAGAAGACUGUCUGUUUUUGAAUGUAUUUGUGCCGAAGAAAGUUCUAGAUUCUAAAGAACCAGCGCCAGUGAUUUUCUAUAUCCAUGGAGGUGCAUUUAUGUUUGGAGGAAGUGCUUACUAUUUACCUGAACACAUCAUGGAUAAUGAAAAAAUGAUUCUAGUCACAAUAAAUUACCGACUUGGAAUUCUUGGAUUCUUAAGUACAGAAGAUGAAGUUCUUCCUGGAAAUUUAGGAAUGAAAGAUCAAGUUGAAGCUCUCAAAUGGGUACAGCGAAAUAUAAAAGCAUUUAAUGGCGAUUCAAAUAAAGUAACUAUCGUUGGAUACUCUGCAGGUGGUGCCAGUGUUCAAAUGCAUUACUUAAGUCAAUUGUCAAAUGGGUUGUUCAAGAAUGGAAUAUCUCAUUCUGGAUCUGCAUUAAAUCCAUGGGUGUUCAUGGAAAAUGCUAGAAACAAAGCACAUAAAGUUGCUGAAUUUAUGGAUUGCCCUCAUGAUGAUCAUCAAAAAAUGCUGGAAUGUUUAAAACAAAAGCCUACAGAAGAACUAGUCAUGUUACUAAAAGAAUUUCAACCAUUCCUUUACAAUCCAUUCUCACCUUUCGGUCUUGUUGUUGAACCAGCACAUGAAUCAGCAUUUAUAUCAGAACACCCACGAAAAUUAUUGGAAAGUGGAAAAUUUUCUCAUCUUCCAUGGUUGUUUACACAAGUGAAGGAUGAAGGCUUAUAUCCAGGUGCAGAAUUUUACUCUAAACCGGAAUAUCUAGAUCAAAUUGAUAAGAACUGGGAAAAGAUAGCUCCAAACAUUUUGCAUUAUAAUGAUGAAACUGAUAAUGUUGACAAACUUGCACAAGCAUCCAGAAUGAUAAGGAAAUUUUAUAUGGGAGAUGAAAAAAUAUGCCGCAAAAAUUUCAAAUCAUUCAUCAAUAUUAUUACAGAUCGUCUUUUCAAGUUCAAUGCCUUUGAGGCAAUCCGACUUCAGUCAAAAUAUUCGCCUACAUUCUUUUAUCAUUUUGUUUACAAAAGUUUGAGCGGGUUAAGUGAGGCUUUGAGUAAAACGACUGACGAUUUAGGUAUUUCUCACGGUGAGGAUCUCUUGCUAAUAUUCACUCAUGACUUGAGAACGAUUGAGUAUUCAGAAGAUGAAAAGACUAUGGCACAGAACUUAAUAAAUAUGUAUUAUGAGUUCUCAGUCAAUGACCUUCCAAAAUUCGCCUCGCUAGUUAUUCAUCCAUCUCUUCCUGAUGCUAUUAAAUUCCUUGAAAUAACUUCAAAUAAAAAGUAUAAAAUGAAAGCAGUAACUGAGAAGUUUGGGAAUGUCAAGUUCUGGAGAAAGAUUGAAAAGAUUCUUCACUCGAAUGAGAGAAGUAUUGAUGAAUUGUAA